AUAAUGUCUUCAAGUGACUGACCACCAUCUAUUUUUACCUCUGCGAAAAAAAAACUAUUUCAUCCCUUACAAGCUUCCAAACAAAGAGAAUUAAUGGAAAGUGAGAUUUGCAGGUAUUAUUCUCCUCCUUUUCCGUUGAUGUUUUGUCGAGGAUAAAAACAGCACAUAUAUUAUAAAAGAAACAACUUUAGACACAGUUUAUCCUCUGCUAGUCAAUGGGUAUCUCUAUCUCCAUAAUAAUACCAAGAAAGCAUGGUUUUUCUACCCAGAACCUCUAAAGCAGAUCUCUCUUCCUUUUUCCAAUUUGUAGAGUUGAACAAGAAUAUCUCAUUUAUCCAUGGCUUACAUUAAAGAGAUUUUCAACAACAGCUUCUUCUCCUUUGUGGGUUUUGGUAAUUAUUACUUUGGGGGGAUUUCAAUAUGACCAUGAUUAAUCCUUCUCAAAACCUUUCUAAACAGAAUCAUCAGAGCAGUGUUUAUGGUUAUUACGAGAGUUUUAGUCGUAUGAGCCAAUUAGCAGAAGAAGGAUAUGAAUAUUAUAGCCAACGUGCAGGAGAUUGUUUAUUAGGAUCUGAUCUAGCACUGAUUGAACCAAUGGCUGAAGAUGAAUCAAGAACCGGCAGUAUUAACGAAACCGGUUCUACUUCCAAAGAUAACAACGAUAUUAACAAUAUUCAAGAAAAAGCUAAAGACAAGGAAGAAGAUGAAGGGUGGCUUCAGCUGAGUAUUGGCACAGCCACCAACAAGCCACAAAUUAGAGGACCAGUGGAGCUUGAUCUGUUGCGUUCUGAAUUACAAGGAAAAUCCAUAUUUCAACAUCAUAAUAAUAUUCCUGAAUUUAGAGCACCUCCACCUCCAAAACAGCAGCUUGUUAUGACUACUAGUACAUCGUCAUUGUUUUUGCAAAAUCCCACUUCUUCUACAAUGUUUCCUCAAGAGAUUAACUGGGGUUUUAGACCUAUGCAAAUCCAACAGAAUAUCGAUCCUAAUUUUAUGCCUCUAGUUUCAGCAGCAGGAUCAUAUUUUAGCCCUCGGCCAUUUCCAGUACUUCAUGCCGGAAUAGGAGUUCCUGGACCAAGUACUAAUAUAGAUUUCAGGGUCAUUCAUCCUCCAAAAAGACCACUUUCUGGGUUAUGGUUUUCCCUACAAGCAUCCUUAAACCAAGCAAAAGAACCCUUUCUGCCACAGAUAUCCAAGAGCUACCUUAGAAUCAAAGAUGGGAGGAUGACGAUACGAUUGGUGUUGAAGUAUUUGGUCAAUAAGCUCCAAUUGGAAAACGAAUCAGAGAUAGAGAUAACAUGUAGAGGCCAACAGCUACAGCCUUUCUUGACAUUGCAACAUGUAAGAGAUCAUAUAUGGAGUACAACUAAUGCUGCUGACAACACAACACCUUCUAAUCAUGUCAUGGUUCUACAUUAUGGUAGAACAAUUGCUGCUUAAAUUAACUGCCAAUCAAUUUCCUCUUUUUAAAUUAUUUCAUUUUUUUUUAUCAUGGUAAUAUUGUUAAACUAUUGUUACUCCAUCCACUUUUCUUCACUUCCCUUACUCACCUUUAUCGCUAUUCGCUAAUGUUUGUUAAUUAUAUUUGUCACCAACAAAGAGUAGUUUUAAUUUUUCCUUCUUUUGGAACUUGUUUUUUUUUCUCUUUUGGGGAGAGUGUAGGGAUCAACUUUCUUCUCUAAUGUCUAAUUAGAUGAAGAAAAGGAAUUUGAAGAUGUUUUGUUUUACUCCAAAACACGUGUAUAAAGUUUUGGGCUGACAGCUUAACCAGAUUGUAUAAUUUACCUAAAACAUAAGGGUGUGCAGUUAA